AUGGCCCAGUUCGAUCCUUCGACUAUCGGUGAAGCUCAUCGUCGUGCAGCAUCUUUUGAACAACAAUCUCGGUCAGCUAACUGGAGUGCUUCCUCUACACGCCCGCGGUCUCAAGACCAGACAGCCAGCACUACACCUUCUCCGUCAGCAACCGCAGCCUUCGAGUUGAUUAAGGAGAAGCUUACACCGGCACUUAUUCUUGUCCUUCCAGACUUCUCGGCUACCUUCGAACUUUAUUGUGAUGCGUCAAAACUUGGCAUUGGAGCGGUUCUCAGUCAACACGGGCGUCCAGUGGCCUAUUUUAGUGAGAAACUCGCCGGUGCUCGCAGUCGCUAUAGCACGUACGAUGUUGAGUUUUAUGCGAUUGUUCAGGCUAUUAAGCAUUGGCGUCACUAUCUAGUUCAUCGCGACUUCGUGCUUUUCACCGACCAUGAUGCCCUUCGCCAUCUGGAUAGUCAAGCUAAGGUGUCUUCCAGGCAUGCUGGUUGGAUCUCGUAUCUCCAACAGUUCACGUUCUCCAUUCGUCAUCAAUCCGGCGCAACCAACCGAGGCGCAGAUGCACUUAGUAGGCGUCAUUCUUUGCUUACUACUAUGCAUACAAGGGUUACAGGGUUUGAGUCAUUCGCAGAUUUAUAUUCCACCGAUGCCUUCUUUGCCAAGAUUCAUGCCGACUUGCAACUCGGUAUUAAUGAUGACUAUAUGUUACUUGACGGCUUUGUAUUUAAAGGGUUGCGUUUGUGCGUUCCUGAGUGUAGUCUCCGUCUACAGAUCAUCAGUGAGUUACACAAUGAAGGGCAUGUGGGCAGAGAUCGUACCCUUCAUCUGGUGUCAUCGUCUUACUUUGGCCUACACUGCGUCGAGAUGUUGAGCGUUUUGUGGCUCGCUGCAGAGUCUGCCAACACGCGAAAGGGAAAGCGACCAAUGCGGGUCUCUAUCUUCCCCUACCUGUCCCUUCACAACCAUGGACAGACGUGA